AGCAAGGCCACACCCACAUCUGGAUGAAGCACACCGCUUCCUCCAACGGGUAGAACAUGCGCAGUCUCAUCGUUAAUUUACCGGUCUCACGUUGGUUUGGAUUCUGGGGCCUUUGGGAGCGUAAACGACUCGUUCAGUACAAAGUUGUGCAUAUCCGGCAAAGCCGUUAUAGUCGGUGUGAUUAUUCAGUCGGACGUCGCGAUGGCGAUGCUGGCAGAGCCCCGUAGAAAGCAGAAGUGGUCUGUGGAUCCAAGGAACAACACCUGGAGCAAUGAUGAGUCCAGAUUUGGGAAGAAGAUGUUGGAAAAAAUGGGGUGGUCAAAAGGAAAGGGUCUUGGGGCUCGUGAACAGGGGUUUACAGAAAACAUUAAAGUUCAAAUUAAGAAUGACACAGCGGGCCUGGGAGCAGCAAAAGAUCAUGAGGACAACUGGAUUGCACACCAGGAUGAGUUUAACCAGCUUUUGUCUGAGCUCAAUGCCUGUCACAAGCACAAUGCAGGCUCACAUGUGGCAGAGGAUAAAACUGCAUUUAGCCUUGAAGAGAAAUCUAAAUCUUCCAAGAAACGAGUUCACUACCAGAAAUUUACCAAAGGAAAGGAUCUCUCUUCUCGAAGUGCGACAGACCUUGCCUGCAUUUUUGGAAAACGUGGCAAGCGGUUCAAAAGAUCCAGAGAUCAGGAAGAGCAAGCAACAGGUAACACCUGUUUGGCGCCUGUCGAUGACCUAGAAGCUCCUGGUGACUCAGAACCCGAAGUUAAAAUAAAUACUGUGACCAGUUCCCUCUCAGUGCAGGAGUACUUCGCCAAUAGGAUGACACAACUUAAAGCAGGGCAUGAAAUCCAUCAAGCUUGUGCUACUCAGGACCUUACAGGAGAUGAUAUGAGUUCAAUUAAAGAAGUAAAAAAGAAGAGGAAAAUAUGUAGCAGAAGAGAUGCCAGCGGGGCUUGCAGUUUUGACAAGCAGCCCAUACUGAGAAAGCCAGCCAAAAAUGUAGAGUGUGUGAAGAUAAAGAAGGAUCUGAUAGAAGAUGGGUCAGUUAAGGAAAAUUGCCAAACUAAAAAGUCUAAAAAAAAUAGUGCAAAACAUUUGUUGUUAUUCGAUCAGAAAAUGUCUCCUUUAGGAGAAGUUGAAUCAGAGGAGAUUCCAGUUGAACAGCACCCAACAGUCAUUGAGUCCUCAGAGAAGCAAAAUGAGCAGGUAUUGAGAGAGGAUAAGAACAAACAGAAGAAGAUUAAGAAGCUGCCAUGUGCAAGUUACAAUGAGGCUUCUCAUUCCUGUCAUGAAUCAACAGAAAGAAGGAAGAAGAAAACAAAGAAACAGAAGCAUUGAGGCUUACAGAAACUGUUUUGCAUGGUUUUCAAUAAGAAAUAUGCACAUGAAUUAUGCGACAAGAUAAAAUAGCCUUAAUGCAAUUCCUGUUCUUAGCUAAGCUUAGGCAGCAAGUUUGAUAAUGGAGAGUGGAAUGGUUAAAGCAAUGUGUUUAAAAUAA